AUGCACUGUGUGCUCACAGACAUCUUCAACACGUCACUGAUCCAGGCUGUUGUCCCCCCGUGCUUUAAGUCUGCCACGAUCAUCCCAGUGCCCAAGAAACCAACCAUCACAUGCCGUAAUGACUUUCGCCCUGUUGCACUAACAACGACCAUCAUGAAGUGCUUCGAGCGAGUGGUUAAGGACCACAUAAUUUCCAUACUGCCUCCAUCAUACGAUCCGCUCCAGUUUGCAUACAAACCUAACCGCUCUACUGAGGUAGCCAUCUCCACUGCUCUCCAUCUGAGCCUGGAGCACCUGGAGGACAAGAACACCCACGUGCGGAUGCUGUUUCUGGACUUCAGCUCAGCAUUCAACACGAUCAUCCCCCAGGAGCUGGUACACAAACUGGGCCCCCUAGGCCUCAACACCCCUCUGUGCAACUGGCUGCUGGACUUCCUCACCGACAGAACCCAGUCUGUCCGUGUGGGUAACAAUACCUCAAGUGUCAUCUCCCUGAGCACCGGUUCCCCACAGGGCUGUGUCCUGAGUCCCCUGCUGUUCACCCUGAUGACCCACGACUGUCGUCCCAGGUACAACACCAACCACAUCCUAAAAUAUGCGGACGACACAACAGUUGUGGGCCUCAUUCAGGACAACAACAAACUGGCCUACAGAGAGGAAGUCAAAAUAAGCAGCAACAACGUCAGGAGUCUGCAGCUGUUUGAAGACGUUUCCGUGGCAACGCUUCACCUUCCUGACGACCCUCAACAAGUGGUGGCGCUGUACCUACACGAGAAGUGGUGGAGCGUGGACGAUGUCUUACGAACGUCCAGUGAACGGAGGAGGGGCUUAGUGUCAGUGCAGUCGAUCGCAGAGAGGCUGAUUGUGUUCCUGCUCAGUCAAGUGGUGGAGAGGUGUUUCCAGGAGGAGGCACUGUUCUUGCUGCAUCCCCGCACAGAGAGACUUAAACUGCUGUGGAGUGAAGGAGAGGCGGUCGGCUUCUACUCCGUCAAACACAAAGGUGUUCUGUGUGACGACUGGAGCGGCCGCUGUUACCUGCUUCCUGUUCUCGACACCGUGCUGGUGAGGCGGAGCCGUAGGAGGCGGGGCUUCGGCCUGAAGAUGCUGCAGGAUUUUUGCUCCUCCUUCGCCACAGAAGAGUUUGUGGGGCUCAGCGCUCCGUUAUCAGUUAGCAUGUCAGCAGUGUGCAGGACGUUUCUGCAGCAGCAUCACGAGCAUCGGGAGCGUUUGUACGAGGUGGAGGCUCCAGGAGCCUGGAGCCAACGACGCAACAUCUGGCUCAACAUCCAGCUGAGAGACAGCAGCACGGGGGACACGGAGGACACCAGGGACACACAGGACACGUAGCUCCUGCAUAUGAUUUCAUGUUUGUGGACACAAUGUGAGAAGACAUCGUCACAAACUGUCCUAAUCUCAGUUUAAGACAUUUUCAUUUUCAUGUUUGAUCGAACGUGAGGACAAAGUCCUCGUCUGUUUUAAAGCAAAAAAGAUAAAACCGUUCAGACUAGAGACACAGGAGACUAGAGACA